GCGGGGCUGUUGAUAUCAAUAUGGCGGUUGUCAGCCAGACAAAGACAGUCAGUCUGAUGUGAUUGAGACAAGGGAGGUUUUUCAGGGGGAGACUGGGAGAUAGGGGCCUCCCCUCCCCCUUCUCCUCUUCCUGCGCCGGCCUCAACCCCUCCCCAGACCCCUCCCGACGGGCGCCCCACGCGGAAGACACCCCUCCCCCUCCCGCUUUCCCCUCCUCCCUACCUCAGACCUCAGCCCUUCGUACCGGGACGUUGGGGAGGGGGCUGUGCCGGGCGGAGAGAACUCAGCAAGCUUUCUGAGAAUGAUAAAUAACGCUGAUCAUCUCUAGCAAGGAUAUUGAUUCACCUCAUGUAAAGUAUGCUCAGUUCCUUUCCAGUAGUUUUGCUGGAAACCAUGUCUCACUAUACAGAUGAACCCAGAUUUACCAUAGAGCAGAUAGAUCUGCUCCAGCGCCUCCGGCGUACUGGAAUGACUAAACAUGAAAUUCUCCAUGCCUUGGAAACUCUGGACCGCCUUGAUCAAGAGCAUAGCGACAAGUUUGGAAGAAGGUCCAGCUAUGGAGGAAGUUCGUAUGGGAAUAGUACCAACAAUGUUCCAGCUUCUUCCUCUACAGCUACAGCUUCCACGCAGACCCAGCAUUCGGGCAUGUCCCCGUCACCUAGCAAUAGUUACGACACCUCCCCACAGCCUUGUACUACCAAUCAGAACGGGAGGGAGAAUAACGAGCGAUUAUCCACGUCCAAUGGGAAGAUGUCACCAACUCGCUACCAUGCCAACAGCAUGGGUCAGAGGUCAUACAGUUUUGAAGCCUCAGAAGAGGACCUAGAUGUAGAUGAUAAAGUGGAGGAAUUAAUGAGGAGGGACAGCAGUGUGAUAAAAGAGGAAAUCAAAGCCUUUCUUGCCAAUCGGAGGAUUUCCCAAGCAGUUGUUGCACAGGUAACAGGUAUCAGCCAGAGCCGGAUCUCUCACUGGUUAUUGCAGCAGGGAUCAGACCUGAGUGAACAGAAGAAAAGAGCAUUUUACCGAUGGUAUCAACUUGAAAAGACAAACCCUGGGGCUACGCUAAGUAUGAGACCAGCACCCAUUCCAAUAGAGGACCCGGAGUGGAGACAAACGCCUCCCCCAGUCUCAGCCACGUCUGGCACCUUCCGACUACGGCGAGGCAGUCGAUUUACCUGGAGAAAGGAGUGUCUGGCCGUCAUGGAAAGUUACUUCAAUGAGAAUCAAUACCCAGAUGAAGCAAAGAGAGAAGAAAUUGCAAAUGCUUGCAACGCAGUGAUCCAGAAGCCAGGCAAAAAACUGUCAGAUCUGGAACGAGUUACCUCCCUGAAAGUAUAUAAUUGGUUUGCUAACAGGCGGAAGGAGAUCAAGAGACGAGCCAAUAUCGAAGCAGCAAUCCUGGAGAGUCAUGGGAUAGAUGUACAGAGUCCGGGAGGCCACUCCAACAGUGAUGACGUGGACGGGAAUGACUACUCGGAGCAGGAUACUUGGCAAGUACGCAAUGGGGAGGAGGAGGAGGGAAGAAGUUCAGAGGGAGGCAGAGAAGCAGAGAAGGAUGACAGCACUAGCCAUAGUGACCACCAAGACCCCAUCUCGUUAGCUGUGGAAAUGGCAGCAGUCAACCACACUAUCUUGGCACUGGCCCGACAAGGAGCCAACGAAAUCAAGACAGAGGCCCUGGAUGACGACUGAUGAGGGAGGGCUGAACGCGAGAAGUUAACUUAGUUUAGACGUAGCACCUUAGCAGACUUUCCUCGGUCCUUAACAUGUGUUCUUACAGUAUAACUUGCAGUUUCUUGUAUGUCAGUUAGCCCUUAGGGUCUUGUUCUGUGAAGAUGGCAUGGUGCCCUCAGCCUUUGCAUAUACUCUCUCAGUAUUAAUUCCCAGUAACUAAUAACCAACCAACCAACCAACCAAACUUCCCUCUCCCAGCCCCCGAGGCUAGAAAAUCUUGCUGCUCUGUCUUAGCAUUCCAAGAAAGUGCUUCCAGGUAUUUAGCUAGCCCUCAGUUCUCAAAUAGUAGGCUCCGUGUAAAACCUUGGGUACCUUUAGAUUCCUGUAACACUAGUCUCUACCCCUCUUCCUUCCCCAAGACUGGUAGGAUGCAAGCUGAGGUAGUGUGGCCAGGAUUGACAGACACCAUUUGGGGAGUGUCCGCAGAGUAAAAGGAACACUAGAACCCCCACCUCCACGUGGGAAUAAUUGAUUUCCAGCUGCAAUAAGCCGUGCCUCAUAAUAGUCACACUGUGGCUAGAUUAUACUUCUUUGGGUGCUGUGCUAAGAAUGUCAGUGGAAAAACUCGAUCUCAGAUUUCAGUUGAUGUUAAGAUGCCUGACACAGACAUCCUUUCCUCUCACAAGCUGUGUGACUGAGUAGAUAAAAUACUGCCUUCUGCCUUUGGGACCAUGAUUAAACAGAAAAAUGACAAAAAAAAAAAAAAUUAAAAAACCCACAAAACCCAGCUUGAGAGCAUUGGGAAAAACCACGAGCCGAAUGUGUAAUAACGGUGGAUGUUGUUAGAACCACUGUACAGUACGUGGCACAGGUGCGUGCCCACCUGGAAAGGAGCCGGAAGUCAUCGUGGAAGCGGCUCUGCCUCCUGUCUGUGUCCCCUUUCCUUGCUACCAAAAAAACAGAAAGGUGAUUCGAGGAUGGAGCUAAGGCCAAAAGUGAGUGAACGAACUUCCAGUCCCUGUAGCCAUUAAACUGAAGCCCCCUCAACAUGAGAGGUUGGUAGAGGACUCUGUAGUGGGAUUAUGCCUGCUGACUGUCACAAGCGCAAGAGCUUUCCUAAAUAGGAGCAGAAAAAGCAGGGGACGUUUGCCACUUCCGUGGCGGGUCUGCGAGAUGUGACUUGCUUUGGUGUUCUCUUUACUCUGUCCUUGUGGAGGUGUGAAAAGCUAUAUUGCUACAGGCAAUUUAUUUAAUAAUUGGAAGCCAUAUUGAUAAUGGAUGUGGUAAUAUUUGUAAAGUUUAAUCUACUUUAAACGGCAGUAACUAAUGGAAUUUUUUUCCUUGAUCACAUAUGUAGCACUUUUGUUACUUUUUAAAGAUAUUUAUAUUUGAUAAAUCUUUUUUUCAUUUUGAGAACUCAAAAUACCAAACAGUGAACUUGCGUUAGAAAAGUCACCCUGUGAUCACCUUGUCAUCCAGUAGCAAAAUGAUGAACUACUCAUGCAUCCAAGAAUAUUACAUCUGCUGGCCUCGUAUGAAAAUGAUCUCUUGGCAUCCUGAUUAAAGGACACAGUGUCACGGUGCGUAAGAGGAACAGCCUCCAGUGUAGGGUGCGUCUGAAAGAGGCACGACCGCUCUGUAUUUCCUGCCUCGCUCCACCUCUCUGCGUACGACAAAACGUUGUUUAAAGGGGAAUACGGAGAGGGCUGGCUCUUAAGCAAGCUUUCGUCUGUUUGUCCAUUACCUGAAAAUGAUUUCUAAGAUUGAAGGAGGGGGCUAUUUCCUGACCUCUUCACCCUUCCUCACCCACCAAAUGUUUUCAACUUCAAACCAUUGAGAGAGAGAGAAUGACUGGCCUUCCUGUUUUCCCUUCCUCAUCAGUGAGAUUCUGAAUAUCCACCAGCUUCUAGCUGGUCUUGCUCCACCUAAGGCACCUGCUGAGGCGCUCGCCUCCGCCUCUGUCCAUCCUGCUUACGUGAGUGUGAGGAGGCCUUUCGGAGGCAUGGAGGUGCUGCCUCUGUGGGUCCGUGACGUUACAGAGCUACAGGCAGGACCUGCUCUUGUCCUAGGAUUUCAGGGGGAAAAUGUAUAUAUUUUUUUCCAGCUUCCCAGAAUUGAAGUAAAAUGGAGUAGUCUUUUUCUGUUUCACUGUAUUACUUGAACCAACAAAUUCAAGAGUAGCAUUUGUUGUUCUCAGGAAUGACCUGCCCUCCCCCCCAUUCAUCUUCUUUCUUGGUGUGUUUGACUUUUUAUUGCAAUUAGACUGUGUUAGCUUUCUUUCCUUUGAUAUUAUUUAGAAAAAAUAUAACGUAUCUAUUGUUCCUGGAAUUUUUGUCUACUUACUUUCAGCUAAAUCAGAAAGAAAAGGAGAGAGAAAAAUACACUGUCUGACAAGCUGCAUCCAUGAUUUAUUGUAAGGAGAUUAUUAUAAUUGAUAGCUUCUUUAUGAUGGGAUUGCUAGUAUCAUCUGUUCUUGCUGGUUCCUUUUAAAGAAACAGACUCAAACUAUAAAGGCAGCUGCAGUUUCUAAAGAAACAGAGUGAUUGCCAGAGAAGAGCCAAAAGGUUUCAAUGUUUUAAGACCUUUCAGGAAGGACAAAAAGCUUCAGAGAGUAAAGGUGAGUACCUGUGAAGGCAAUACCAGGUGCUACCCAGAGAUCUGGAAAAAGUGAAAGAACGAGUUUGCCGGGCAGGGUAGCAGCGCCUUGGGUUCAGUAGGAGCCAGAGGAAGGAGCCUUCACCGCUUUCAUUAAAGACAGCUGCCAGUCUGCUCUGCCUGCCACUGCCUUGUGUUGAACUUUGGCUUUCUCACCAAUUGAAAAUUUAGUUCUUUGGGUCUUCAGUUUAAAUCUUCUGUAGGUUUUUUGUCAUCAGGUUUAACUCCGCUGUCUUCUCCAGGCUACCUUAGUUCUUGCCAUGGCAUGUGGAGUUGGCCACUAAUGAGUCAUAUCUUCGGGGAGUAAAUUUUUUUCUUCAGCUUUUUCAGGUUUAAGGGGUGGUAUUAAAAUAGGAACCCUAAGUUGCUCUCUGAAGGGAAGAUAGACUCUUUAAAAAAAUCCCACUGUAUGCUUUUUGGUUUUUCUGUCCUCUUUUCUCACUUCCUGCUGUACAUUUUUCAGGCCCCAGAGGACUGUUUCAGGGGCUGCUGCUUCCCAGGUGAGGAACCCUUGCAAGCAGUUCCAGGUAACUUAUUUUGUUUAAGACACUUUCAUUGAAUUACUGCAGUCACAUGGGUAAACUUCCUCCGCUUCUUAAAACAGAUCCGUACAGAGGGACCUUUUAAAGAUGGACCAUCCUAAUGCCAUUUUUGCAUUAAAUGAGAACCUUAACACCAGAUGAAGGCCAGUCGGUACCAAGUAAACAGUGUGGUUUAUUUCAGAAGAGUUUGUAAGGUUGGAGUAAAGCUUAAGGCAGUUUUCUUCAUAAUCUCGGUCCUUUGAGUGUCAAGAGGAGUGUGGUUAGCUUCUCCCACCUUUCAGGUCUGUACAGUUCCCACACUCCAGCCUUUGGCAGGGUUGGGUCUUCCCCCACAUCCCCAUUGUCCUUCACAGGAAGACAGAGCCUCAAACAGGAAGACCACUUAAGUCUAGUCCGGGAGAUGGGAGGGUCCACACCCAGGCCUAUAGGGUUGCAGCAGCUCCUCUAUCCAGAUGUCCAGGUAUAUCUUUACCUCAAAAGGGACAGCUCAUGAAGAGCUGGUGACAGAGUUGCUUCAAUUCUCCCUAUUUGGCCUUUGUACAAACUUCCCUCUUGGAUUUCAACUACCAGGUAUAAGGAAACUGUCUUGCAUUUCAUCAGAAAUCUACAGGCACCUCCUUUCUGUCUCUUGUUAACUCCUCUUUGGGCUCCAAACCAAGGCCUCCUCUUGAGCUGACUUCCUGCUGGAAUUUUCUCAUGUUCUGCAGCAGGCAGAGUAGGGGGUGUGGUCCAUCUUGUCACACAAACACUCCUUCCUGUCUUGCAGCCCUGCUUUUUGACUAGCUACUUAUUCCAGUGACCAGCCAUUCUCUCUGCCCACCCAGUGGGAAUAAUUCCUUUUUUCAUAAUUGAGCCCCUGCCCACAUCCUAAAAAAUGUGAAUAUCAAGUCCUUCUCUCUCUUUGGUCUUAAGAACAGUUUGGGUAGAAGCAGUCUUCCCAUGCAACUAUGGCUCUGCCUUUUAAAAUUGCUUUUUCUCUUUUUAUUGUUGUCAGAGAACCACCAGAGGAUUUUUUUUUUUCCCCAGUGAGUCUCAACAGAUUCUUAGGCAAUAAGUUCUCUUAUUAAUGACUUUGUGCACAGUCGCACGCGCUCUGCAUUGAGUAGCCUGACCCUCUACUUGUGCGUUGGUUUUCUGUGCUAACCUGUCUGUGAUUUAAAUCUUACGUCAGAGUGGUGAUAGUUUGUCAUUUUGUUGUUGUGAUCACAUUAGUGUUUUACUGCUGUAUUCACUGGGGCUGCGUUAACCAGCCAAAUCCAUUUAUAGCUUUACUGAGCCGCAUUUGUUGUCAGGAUUUCCCAAGCGCACGCUGACCAGCUCCUGCUGGUGGUGUCUGUGUGGGGCGGGGGAGGAGUUACAGAAGACAUUCCUUUUUGUGUGUUCACUCAGGAUUUGGGGAUCAGUUGUUGGCAGACUGAGCCGUGUGCUCUGGAAACCCUCCUCUGUUUCUUGAUCUCCACACUGUCUAGUUGACCAUUACCCGCUCAUACCUAAGUUACCCAGUUGAGAGGUAUUACACCACACCAAAAGCAGAAGGCUUUACCUGAGGCAGCCAUGAGUGCCCGGGCUCUCCUGAGGGAAAGUCUCCCAGAGCUGAGGGGACUGGGAGGGCCCUUCACUAUGUGCUCCUCUUUCCAAGAGAUGCUAGUCACUUAAGAGGGAUAAGGAAAUCUUUUCUGUAAAGAGAAACCGUGAACCCACUGUGCUCAGGUGGUGGGAAAGGCUUUCUAAACACAUCCAGCCCACAAGCCCAUCUUCCCCCACAGAAACCCCCUCACAAACCGGUCAUACAAGAGGCUCUUCUUCAUGCUCACUAGCUGUCCGUGCCAGCUGCUCAUCUUGCCAUCUCAGAGGUGGACUCACCACACGCUUAUAAAUUGAGAACUUUCCGUAUCAGCUGCAUUCUUCCUCCUUAGUGGGGAGGAAAAACAGCAGCAGAAGGAAAGCUAACAAGCUGAGAGAUCUAGUUUUCUAUAACAGUGCUUUUCUAAUCAAGAGGGGAAUAAAUGUAGGCGAGAAGAGAGGGAAAACCUGGCUGCACCCGAGGAUGUGGCAGGCGCCCUGGGAGUACAGGUAUGUCCGUCCUCGACUUAGUGCUCGUUCCCAUAACACCUCAGGCCAAGCAGCAAGCAGAACUAAAUCUAGUUCAUUCCAUUCAAGUGAACUCUAACUAGCAUUUUUAUACCCCCAACAGUUUACCACCCACAUUUCACACCCAUUAACUGAUUAGCCAGAUCCCAACACGAGGAAAAGGACACUUUGGCAGGGGCCUCUGCCUUUCUCUCCUGACAUCCCGUUUACUUGGAAAGUUCUGGGAGCCAUCUGCCCCCGUCUGGACAGCAGCGUCGUGCCCACCAGUGGGUGUGGGGGCAGCAGUGGGACGGGGACCAUUGCCUCGCGCCAGCCCGCGCACACAGCUCGACUGGCGCUUCAGACACGUCGGGACGCUGGCUCCCUUGACUCUGUUCUCAUUUUCUCUCUCUUAAAUAAAAGUGGCUCUCUACAGCCAUAAUUAACUCUCAAAUUCACAUUGGUGUGCUGUGAUCAAAUGAAGGUUUGCCCGCAUCCUUUCAAAGUGUAACCAUGGUAAUUGAGGGGGGUGGAACAGAAUGAAUAUAUAAAAAUAUAAUGACAAUUGUUCUGAAUGACUGAGUGUCCUCCUGACAUGUAAUUAGCUGUUUUAGCAAGAUGUAGAUUGGCAUGGUCAUAAUUAAAAGGAUUUCUGUCCUUUAUGUGACUGGAGAUGGCAGAUCUCCCGUUCCCUGUUCCCUUUGAGCACUAAUGCUCCCUAGAACGUUUGGAACAGCAACUCAGUAAACUGAAAUAAUGACAUAGUGUUUGCGUCCGCGCCGAAGUGAAAGGGAAGGAUUUGGAGUGAUUUCAGCUCCCAAAUGGAAGCCUUUGAUUAGUGCUCCCCAGUUGAUUUCUAAGUCGCACUAAACCUCUCCCUUAUAUCCGGUCUCAGCCUGAUCCAUCUUUGGGAUUCUGACUCAAGCUUCUGCAAAACAGAGUCCGCCACUGCGGAGACUCCAGGUCACUCUGUCCCACAUGCUGACCAGCUCAGCUACCGCAUUGGCCUCACCUGAGGCUUCCUGCUUAACGGACUCUGUAGAAUUCUCCAUUUCUCCUUGGUCACUUGAUGUCUCCAUUGCUGUCACCAUCAGAAAGUGUUUUUCAGACAAGAGCUUGCACUUGAGCUAAAUGAGGUUUUCAUAACCUAAGGCAGCAGACACGAUGAACACAGUUGAAUGAACCAAAAUGUAAAGAACGACGAGGCCUAAGUGGAGUACUGCUGUCUGCAGGGUCCCACCGUUACUGGCAGGGUAGGACCCGCCUGAGUUUCACCUAGAUCUGCUCACGUCACUGGCGGUUUCCAGCUUCCUCGUGUCAGCAGCCUCUGGUUCUUGAAGUUUUCCCCCUUGUGCCGCCACGUCAGUGGGGUUGUCCCCCGGCCCUUCCCCUUCCAUGUUCCCUCCCUCCCACCUCAUCCCAUUGAAGACCAUGGGCUCCUGACACCGUACAUGGCCUGCUGUCUCGCUCUCUAGAACAGGCCUCGUUUGGUUUCCCCAUCAAUUCGGUUGUACGAUGCAGAGUGAGUCUACGUGAAUACCAGCAUCAGCAGAGUGCCAGCAGCCCCUCACAAGCCGCUUCCCCUGAGGCUCGUGACCGUACUGAUGAGCCUGGCCCCUAAGCCCUUUCUUCUCCAGGCCUGGACACUCCAGGGCGGGGCAGCAGCCACCCUCGAGAAAAUACAGCUCUUGUUUUUGUUCACAUUUUGCUGCUGACCUUUGUGCAGCAGCCUUGCCCCCUCCACAUAUCAGAGGGACUCCUACUUCAAACACUAAACAUCAGUUCCAUGAAAGUGCUGAGGCAGGCUGCUGCUUCAUAACCAUCCUCCCCCACACAAUCAGGAUAGUUGCUGCCUUGGGGUUCUUUUUUCCCCCUCAAAAUACUCCCAGCCCAGUGUACAGGGGUCAGGGAAGAUACGCCAUAAGAGGUUCUUCCUCAGUGCCACGUCUCCUGCAAGAUCAGAAGCAGCUUACCCUGCUUCCGCCGUCCAUGCUCGGUCAUGGUGACUCUGGGGGUCCCCUCCAUCUUCUGACGGUUGGAAUGGUUGCGGGUUUAUGAAGACCAGAGUAGCACAUCUUGUUUUCCCAACUGCUGAAAGAUAAGUGUCUCCAUUAGAAUCGAGAAUCCGUCUUAAGAUUAGCGAUUCAGAAAACUGACCAGCUGAGUCUGUGAUUUGUGAGCCAUGCAUUCAGCCAGCGAGCAGAACAUUCUGAUUAUUUGCUUACAUUCAAAGAAAAUAGAACUAUCACCACAGUUAAAACCUUCAAACACAAUCUUACUAUUUUAGGGAUCAAAGUCUUAGAUGUGCUGCUUAAAGGAUAGUGCUACUUAAAAAGAACUGGAGCUGGUGAGAUAUUUCUCUCCCCAGAUGCUUCCAGAAGCCUCUCUGGUGAUUUAGGAAACCCUUCACCACCACAGCCCCCACUAAAAAAAGUAAAGCCAACUUACCAAAAUGAGUGAAAACAUGGAUAGUGCUCAUCCCUGACUGUGUACUUUUUGGGAAUAAAAUGCCAGAAGUAACCAGAGUACAAUGCCGCCAUCCUAAAUUGGCACAAACUCAGACCGCCCAAGCGUCUGAAGUGCGUAGUAGCUGCCGACACGUGCUAGCCUGUCCUGUCCCAUGUGCCUGGCGCUGUGCUGAGUGUGUUCACUGUCUUGUUUAUUCUUGAAGCAGGACCCCCCCCCCCUUGCGUGGACUCAGGUAGAAUCUCCAGGUGCUGCUUUGAUCGUAGUAGGAAGGUAGCAGGAUGUCCACCUGGCCUUGUUGAGUGAAUUCUCUGCACUCCAUCUGCUCCUCUCUCACAGGCAGUGCUGGCUGGUCCCCGCUGUUGCCAUCAUUUCUUUGCUGACACGGGGCCAGUGUCACCGUGAUGAUCUAGACACCAGGUCAUCCCUUGUCCUUGGUUCUCCUUGGCACCUCUCCUCUGCUACCUGUGGUGACAGGCACACAGUGACACUUGGCACCUGUGACGUGAGCCCUCAUUUCAAGUCCGCUGUCCCAUCUCCACCUCUAGACGGCAAAUGUGAAGGUGUUGCCCUUUCCUGGGAAGGAAGGUCUUGGCUCUGUCUGUCUCUGAGUUCCGGGGGGUGGGGAACCUGAAUGUCCCAGGUUGGGUGUAGCUGCGUUUCGUGGACGCAGAGAGUAUCAAAGGUCACUCUUCCUGUUCUCUCUCUAUUCUGAGCAUCUUUUCAGUGCCUGUGUUUGGAAGUUUCGCUAAGCCAUUCCAACUCACUCCACCACGCCCUCCAUCAUAGUCACAAGAGGUAGUGGGGCUGGGUCAGUGUCUGCUCCGCCGUGGGCUCUCCGGCAACCAGAGCUUUCUGAUAACCAUGGUUCAGCCCAGGGGCCAGCUGCCUGGAUGUCCGUGUGUCCCCUCAGUGACCGUUGUCAGGGACACGGGCUCCAAGGUGACCUGAGGACUUCAACUUGACUAAAAUUCAUGUCCGUUCUUCCCCUCUGCUCCAGCUCUUUACUUCCCAAAGUGGAUGGUUCUCCAGGGGCCAGCUCUGUCACUUCUCUCUCUUCCAACCACUUAGUCACAUCCUCAGGAGACGUGAGAGAUGCAGGUUCGAUCCCUGGGUUGGGAAGAUCCCCUGGAGAAGGAAAUGGCAACCCACUUCAGUAUUCGUGCUUGGAGAAUCCCAUGGACAGAGGAGCCUGGUGGGCACAGUCCAUGGGGUUGCACAGAGUCGGACAUGACUGAGUAACUAGCACUUUCAUGCAUUAUUGAAGCCCCCAAGAGUAGAAACCUCGCCAGGAGCAACGCCUCACUGGAGUGGCCCUGAGAGAGGGUCUCCAGGUUGACAGCGGGGCUCGGUGGCCCCUGUGAUUGGCACCUGUUUCACUAGCUGGCUCGUGACUCCCCACCACAUAAACCCACCCUUAGAGUGAAGGGAAGGAGGUGCUGGUCCUGACUUGACAUUUCGGGGGCUGGGGGGGCGGUGGUUGGGGGCACUGAAAUGGGAAAGAGGAGACAUGGACUCUCCCCGAGGAAGGCAGUGUGACUCACCAGUCGGGGUGCGUGCCGAGCUGGUCACAGCACGAGGGUUCCUUUCCAACGUCCCAGCGCUUCCAGGUCGGGUCUGAUGUCAGUCUGGCUUCCGUGGAGCAUGGACACCUCCUGCUUUACUGGAACCAUGAGCCCUGCAAAAAGUGGUGAGGGUGAUUAUUCCAAUCCAUCAUUCAUUGAAGCAAUUAAACUGGAAAUAGAACAUUAGUGCUAUGUUAAUGUAAACAGCAGCCCGUCUGGUGGUGUUACCCUGAAGUCUCUAGUUUUUAAUGCCAGAUCUGUGGGAGGCGGGCAGUACCUGUUAGCGAUGGACUGAAGGGAGGUGAGAGACUCGGGCGUGGGCUGCUGUCAGGAGCAGGAGUGAAUCGGCAUUUGCCUUGAGAAACACACCUCAGUAUUGUUAGCGAACCCCUUAAUCAAGCAUCUCUAAAAAUGGGCGCCACAAAACCAAAGUUACUGGGGGCAGGGCCGGGGAGCGCUCUGGCGAGGCUGCUCUCAAUGGCGUGCCGGUUCUCCUUGGACGCUCCUUUCAGAAGGGUCUCUCCUCUUCCUAAUAGUUACUCUCAUGCUGAUCAUAGAAGGCAAGUCCGUGCAGCCCACGCCUCCCCCUAGCCCUCUGGCCUUCUGCCUGCCCCUGCGUGUGUUCUGCCCCCCCCUGGGUUCACCCGCUGUCCCCACCAGAAGAUGCCAAGAACAUCCUUGCCGCCUCCCUGGAAGAGCCCACAGCCUUCUCUGACCCCCUGGGCUCCCCUCCCUCCCAUGGCCACGGUCUCUCUGGGUACGCAGUACCUUCCGAGGAUCAGUUUCUCUUUGUUUUUUAAGUGCCUGCACAAGGUACAGACCUCUGGGACCCGCCAGAGGGUCGGCCUGUGCCCUGCUCCUCCCUCCCCGACCCUGCACUUGGCCCCCGGGGCGCCUGCCCCCUGCCUGGGUCCCCGGGCCCCACAGGCAGGACGGCUCCAAAGGUGAGCGCGGGGUGAGGUAUCGAGGCUGGCUGUGUCACUCUUGCCUGCACCGCGCUGCCAGGGCGUGUGUGCUGUUGGGUCACGGUCGCAGAGACUGUGAAGGCGCCUGCUUAGCUAGCGAGUGAGGAAAAUGGGAGCGGGGCAGCUGCCGAAGGUGCACCCAGACCCAGGAGGGCCACGAAUCAGAUAGAGUUGAGACCAGGAUGACUCACUCGCCAGUCACUGGAACCCUGGCUGCCCGGCUCACCCUGUUCUUCCGUGUGUGGGAUCGAGGUGUCUGCCCACAGGGGCCGAGGAAAGCUGCCAUCAGUAGGGGAAACAAGACCAGAAGUGCGCCUUUGAAGAUGAGUGUGAGAGUAUUCGUUUGCUUUUCUCUCAAAGUACUUGGAUUCAGGGCCUUGACCACGUGGCAGGUGUACGAGGGUUCUCCUGUGACCGCGCUGUUGACGUCAAGGCAUUGAGCAGUGCUCGGAUGGGGGCUGGUGCAUUCCAAGGUUUUGCAGAAUGGGACAGUCCAUACCCAGGCACUUUAUUUUCAUGAAUAAUCCAGCCUUUUUGUUCAGACAGUGGAAUGACCCACACGCUGGGCCUCCCCGUUUAACACAUGUGGCAUUUGCCGGAGGAACUGUGAGCAGGUGGCACAGGGGGUUUUGACGGAGGCAGUGGGUGGGCGAGUCUGCCACUGGGCGGCCACACACGGACCCCGGCUUUCCAGGGGCCAGGUCCAGGUUCCACCAGCGCCGGUCAGCUCCCUGGGUGGUAGUUGUGGUGAGGCUGAAGCUGGGGGAGAGGCUGGUUUCUCUCAGCUCACCUGGAUGUGGGCUCCGGGUCGCCGGGCACUGGGUGAUGGUUUGCUCCCUCUUCCUGGGCAUUCGUCACGGGGAUGGGACCUAGCUGGUGCAGCGAAUUCUAAAGUGGAAAGUGAGUUGACGAUGGUCAUUUGAUCAGAUGCCUCGGGACUGCCCGAAAGUAUUUAGCAUCCACCAAAUAGUCGAGUACCUGACAGGCCGCGGGGCCCUGCCCGGGCGGGGGCCCUGCCCGGCGGGGGCGGCGUGUUGCGGGGCUCACCAGCCCUCUGCCCCCCGUCACGUCUUGGUCUCUGUGUCCCCCCCCGGCGUCUCCGGGUCCGUCCCCGUCUCGUGCACCGUGAGUCCCUGAGGGGGUCGCACCCGUGUCUUGCGUCUGCUGUAAGCUGUUCAGUCUACCUCAAGGGGUCGUCAUGGUCAGCUCUGCCCCAUAGCAGUCCUUCCAACGUCGCCACACACACUGGAAUGUAGAUCUGCCCUGGCCCCGGCCCGCCCUCGUCAGUUACCCUCCUGACCCCAUCUCUUCCUCUGUCACCACAAACUCCUAGUGCAAAUUGGAUGCUGCUUUAAAUGUGAAAACAAUUGUUCAAAAGCUAUAAAACCUGAAUGAAAGCUAAAGCUGAAUUUAUAAGCCUUGUUGCAUAUGAGCCAAAAGUGCAAAAAGCUCUAUAUAAUGAACUAACCUGCCACUCGUAUAAAUAUAAAUAUAUAUAAAUAUAUUAAAAUCAGACUGUUCUACAAAAUUGUGUAUUUGUAUUUUUGUGUACGUACAAUUUUCUGCUAAGCAGAAGGAGGAUGUAGUAUAGGAUGCUGUGAGAAGAGAUUCGGUUUAAUCCUGUUUCUUUGUUACUUAUUUUUGUUAACAUCAGAUGCCUGUCUUUGUCUCACGUGUAUGACACUGUUUGGAAAUCUGCAGUAUCUCUCUUCCUUAGGGCCAGCGUCCUCUAGAGAAUGAGACCUGGGGUGGAGAGAGCCGUCCUGGGCAGCAGACAUGGGGCAGUGGCCCAGGUUGCCCGGGUGCCACUCGAGGCCCUGAGGUGGGACUGAGGGAACCAGAACUCCCCUUUCUAGAAAUCAGCUUCCAAAACAAGACUGUCCGCUUUAAGGCAGACUCCCCACUCUGUGGUGGGGGGCGCGCACGAGGGCCAGAAGUUCGGCCAGAAAGCCAGCCUGGCUCCUGGGCUCUGGCCCCUCUUCCGCCUAGUUGCUGCCUUUUUCAGAUCAGGUUACAAAAUGCCUCCCCUCUGCCAAGCUGCUGGCGCUUCAUCCCCCAGGCCUCCAGCCCCAGCUCCCUGGAGGGUCUCAGAACCCACCUUCCCGGUGCUAACACACAAGAGGCAGUAGCGCAGCUGCCAGCAGUGGCCAGAAAUGAGCAUCAGACUGGCUCUGCGUGCCCCGGGCAGCCGGCCUUCCCCCGACAGAAGGCCUGGGCCUGCCCCUGCUCCCGCCCACUUCUCAGCGUGCUCCCACCAGCCAGCGCCCCCACCCCCAACCCCGACGUGAACCUUCUCUAGGGAGAGCGAUACUGCACCUUCGCCUGUGGGACUCAUAUUUAUAACAAUGUGUGAUGACUGUAGCAAACAGCCCUUGUUUCUGGAUGUACAAGGUUCGAGAAACAAGCGCUCUCUUGUAUUGAUUAAAAUAGUUCCAACGAGUCCUGUAUCCUUGUAUCUCCUAUUCUGGAUUAGUGCCUUUUGGACAGUAGACUGUUCUGUAAUUAAAAUGUAGUAUACUGCUUUUUUGUACAGUUUUGUUUUAAUAAAACUUUUUUUUAAUUUGUG